AAGCUCCAGGUUGUGUACAUCAAUGAUUACCGAAAAUAGUAAACCAAAGUUCAGUAAAGUCCUGUGAAUUGGUGCACUUUUUGUGAAUAUACGGUUAUAUUACAGUGCAAAAAGGGCGACAUGAGCUCCAAAACACUAACGGUUCCAGUUCGUUUAGUCCGUCAUUGUUUAUACAAACCUCGUCGUGUUUUUCGGGUGAAUCCGGUGCGGUUGUAUUAUGGGUCUCCGCAGAUGGUAACGGGAUCCGCCGUUCGCACGGUGGACCUCCGAAGCGACACCGUCACCAAACCCGGAGCAGCUAUGCGGAGAGCCAUGGCGGAGGCGGAGGUCGGAGACGAUGUGUUUGGAGAAGAUCCUACGGUUAAUGAACUACAGAAAAUAGCUGCUGAAAUGUUUGGCAUGGAAGCGGCUUUAUAUGUGCCCUCAGGAACGAUGAGUAACCUGAUUGCAGUUAUGGUCCACUGCAGGGAGAGGGGUGAUGAGAUGAUAGUUGGUGAUCUUUCUCAUAUUCAUAUUUAUGAGCAGGGAGGAAGUGCACAGCUCGCAGGCGUCCAUUCUGCAACACUCCGUACCCUCGGCGAUGGCACUUUUGACCUGGACCAGCUGAUCUCCAAGAUCCGUCAUGGUUACCCUGACCCACACUACCCACGCUCACGCCUGGUCUGUGUGGAAAACACACACAAUAUCCAGGGAGGCCGCGUCCUCCCACUCGCCUUCCUGCAGGAGCUUCGCUCUGUGGCUGAUCAGUUUGGUCUGGCGGUGCAUAUGGACGGAGCGAGGGUGAUGAAUGCAGCUGUAGCUAUGGGUGUUCAGCCCUCUGCUAUACUACAGCACUGUCAUUCUGUCAGUGUGUGUCUGUCUAAGGGACUCGGGGCACCUGUGGGCUCCAUGCUAGGAGGGUCAAAAGAUUUCAUACAGAGAGCGGUGCGUGUCCGCAAGGCGCUUGGCGGUGGAAUGCGCCAGUUGGGCAUCUUGGCAGCAGCUGGUAAGAUCGCUCUGUCAGACAUGAUUGGAAGACUGGAGGAGGACCACAGGAACGCCAGACACUUUGCUCAAGCACUGUUAGAGAGUGACCCUGCUCUGUACCAGGUCGAUCUGAACACUGUUCAAACCAACAUCGUGAGGUUUACUCUGAGGGAGCGUCAGAUGAGCCCGGUGGAGUUCUGUGAGAGGAUGGCAGGCGUAGAUGAGGAAGAAGUGAAGGCUUUGGGUCAGGGGGUACCGGUUCUGAUUCCCCAUGUUGGGGACACAGUUAGGGCUGUGUGGCACCUGGGCAUCAGUGAGGAAGACACUCAGCUGGUACUGAAGGCUCAGUUUGGGGCUCAACAGCACAAGCGGAGGGUCUAUCAGGGCACCAUGAGAGAAGUCCUUCAUCUGGUCUUUUUGGCACUUCAGUUGACUCACCCACUUGAGGGAAAUAAAUUAUUCAUCUAA